UGCUCUCUCUGUUCGGGAGGUAACACGCUCCCACUCAGAAGAAGUUUGUUGAGAGGUGUAACUGAGGUGAAAUUUACUCGGUUUGUGUUCCCUAGUAUUUCCAAUUAGCCUCCAUCUUUGUUUUCUCUGCACUUUCGCUUUUUGGUGACUAACGUUACCUCAACUAGCGGUCGGUUGGUUUAACCAGGGUGCUGCUGUCAAACUUUCGUUGACAUGGAUUUGUUGCACCAACUGCGGACGGACUGAAACGUUUGGGAAUUACCAUCUCACUAUAGUGAGAUACACCUAAACGAACCCAUUGCAGCUACUUUUUAAACAAGUUGUCAUUAACUGAUUUAGCAUAAGACAUGCAGAAGCUCAAUUCCACCGGUACGCACGGCAACACGCUGCCCCGGGACGCGGAGCUCCAGCUGCGGUUAGCGGACAGUGCAGGGGCCGGGGACGGGAAGGAGAACGGCGGGGGGAAGCAUUUCCUCUCCCAACCCGAGGAGGAGAGCUCGUUUUGCACCAAGAGGAGGAUGCUUGUCUGUUUGGAUGUAAUAUGCCUUUUUGUUGCCUCCAUCCCAUUCUUUGCGUGUGAGUUGAAGGCAGUGACUCCGUACAAGCGAGGCUUCUUCUGUGGAGACACCAGCAUCACCUAUCCCUACGUGCCGAGUGAGGCCAUUCCUGACAGCCUGCUCAUUGCUGGUGGUAUAGCCAUCACUGGCCUAACGAUCGCACUGGGUGAAUGUUACCGUGUGCGUUUCCGAGGUGUAUACUCACAGGCUUUUGUCAGAAACUGCUAUGUGUCGUGCCUGUACAAGGAGCUGGGAAGCUUCCUGUUUGGUUGCUGUGUGGGUCAGUCUCUCACUAAUAUGGCCAAACUAAGUGUGGGACGCCUGCGACCCAACUUCCUGUCUGUCUGUAAUAUUACCUAUGCGUCCAUCAACUGCACUCCGGGCAGCUACGUGUCCCAGGACUACUGCAAACAGCCUAAUGGCAAGAUGGUGGAGGAAGCAAGGAAGUCUUUUUUUUCCGGCCAUGCUUCCUUCGCAAUGUACACCAUGCUCUACUUGGCAUUCUACCUGCAGGCGCGGUUGUCGUGGCGAGGGGCUCGCCUGUUGCGCCCGUUAGUACAGUUCCUGUUAGUGAUGAUCGCCGUCUACACGGGCCUGAGCCGUAUCUCUGACUACCGCCAUCAUCCUACUGAUGUCCUCACAGGCUUCAUCCAAGGAGGACUCACUGCAUACUGGGUGGCCUUCUACAUCUCCUCCAUGUUUAAGCCCUGCGCCCGUCCAGACCUGUCUCCCACAAGCAUGUCCCUGGAGAGUCCACUGUCCAGCCAGCAAACUGUCUGUUAGCAGGCACAUGCAACCAUCCCAGUAGUCAGAAGAUAAGAGGGAUUGCAGAAAGACAGGGAAAAUGUUAGAUAGGGAAACAUUUUUAAAGAAAGGGAAUCAUUCUAAGAGAAGGAUGUGAUUAAAGAGUACAAUCUAACAAAUGGCAUACUGAUACACAUACAUUCACACAGUAAUCUAUCACACACUCACACGUGAAACACAAAAAAAGCACAUUUGACUGUAAGUCAAACCCGUCCAUUGAAAAUAACUGCAUAGCAAUAUUACAGUUAUUUUUUUAUAUAUGAAAAAAGUCUAUUUUUAGGAGAACUUUUAGAAGCUGCUAAUGUUAAUAGUUUUCUUCUGUAAUGGAGUUUUUUUUAGUCAGUGCAGUUUGUAAGCUUUCAAAGCAAACCUGAUCACUCUUUGGUCCUGGGUGAGAGGGGAGAAAAAAACGUGAGGCUUCUUUGGUUUCUUUUCUUGGAAAACAUCACCCAACAGCAGUGAACUGAGACCAUUAGACCUCAGAUGUGAAAACAGCUCUGUACCGAGUGAUAAGGAACAAGCACUGGCUUCAACUUCUAACAAUCUUUACCUUCUGAUGCCCCACAUCGCUAUAAUCAAGCAAUAACCUGUACGUUAUCAGUGGGAAGAAAAGUAUUUGAGCUUUGAUACAACGAUAUCUUUCCUUUGUGUAACCAAGGUAGAGAUACAGAGGAGUCUGACCCAAUAACUUACCCUUCCCACCACUACUUCUCUGUACUAACCACUUUGGCUGUGUCUCAGAGGGUGGAGGUUUUGACUGAAAUGUUGUAACCUUUGACCUUUGCCCCUGGACUCCAAUCUCUGAGCUGCACCUUGAUUUAUGCCACUCUGACAGGAGAGCCGACAUGGCUGCAACCUCAGCCGCCCUCCUGUGGAUUUUUAUUAAUAGCACUUGAACGUACAUAAUGGAACCUUCUAAUUAUAAUCCAUAUUAUAUAUUUUAUCACAUGUUUGAAUAAUCAGUGUUUAUUUUUUUGUUAAUGUCAGACUCAUAAACUAUAUUUGUUUGUUUUUCUUGAAAUGAUAAUUAUUCAAAUUGAAUGUAAAUAGCUAUGUCCUUUUAUAAACCACACAGAAUUUCAAAAGUAUUAGUUCCAGUUUUGGACAGUUUUACAUGUUUAUUAAGUGUUUGUAUUUACAUUUGUGUCAAUCAGGUACGGAGAGUUACUAUUGUAUCUGUUGUAACUAUACUAGACUGAGCCACAGAUAUUAUCAGAAAGCUAUAUUUUAUGUGUUCCCAGUUAUUGUUGUUUGUUUUGUCUGUGAAUGCCAGAAAGGCAGAAAUAACCACUGUACUCAAAAAAGACCAAACAAAUAAAAUGAAUGUUGAAUGUUAUUUA